AUGCAAUCAUUCAUCAGCCGCGGUGUAUCGCUCUUCACCCCCUCCCCUUCCCCCUCGCAGUCGAAGCCCUCUACGCCAAAACCCGAAACGAAGCGCACGAUAAGCAGCGCCGAGGAUUUCAUCAAAGCGCCGCUUCCCGAAGCACUCUUCAACAAGACGGACCCGGCUACGGACGGCGAGGAAUGCGAACACGAUUGCGCGACGUGUACGAUCCGGUACCCUGCGAAGUUUGAAGUGGAUCAGGAAGAUGAGUUAUAUGGGCAUGUGAAUGGGUGGGCGACGCAUUUGCUUGUUGCGACAGGGAAGACGGACUGGGUGAGAGAUGUCGCGGAUGAGGAGGGGAGUGUGAUGGAGGCUGUUGAGAAGGGCGGGGUCUUGCCGGGGAACGGGAAUUUAAAAUUGUCGGCAAGCAACAUGCCUGUUCCGGAUGAAUAUCACGUCCAUGAGAAAGGUCAGCAACCGACCACAGUACUCCUUCUGCCGAAUUUUACGAUCAUCGACCAUGUUACGCCGCAACUCGUGCCCGACAUGAUUCGGAACUUCGUAGACCCUGCUGUAACGACGACAACGCCGCUGAAUGGGGCGCCACCAGGGCAGGCUAGCAAGGAGGAUAAGGACGUUGGAACGGCGACCGAGGAGCAAAUUAUGACGUCUCUCCGGUCACGACCUUGCCCGCAUGCGGCGGUGAUUUUGCUUUGCUCGCAUAGGACACGAGACGCAAGGUGUGGUCAGUCUGCGCCGCUUCUGAGACGAGAGUUUGACCGACACCUGCGUCCGCUCGGCCUGCAUCGGGACUUGGAUGAUGAGCGGCCCGGAGGCGUUGGUGUCUAUUUCAUCAACCACGUCGGAGGACACAAAUACUCGGCGAACGUGAUUGUGUACCGGAGACGAGACUUCGACUGGUACAAGGCUACGGAAGCUCAACCUGCAGAGGCCUCUUCAAUAGAUGCUGCGGAUGAGGGCGCUUCUCAGUGCAUUUGGCUGGCGCGGGUGAGACCAGAAGAUUGUGAGAAUAUUAUCCGGUAUACCGUCCUGCAGGGGAAGGUCGUGAAGCCAGGGACGCAGCUUCGAGGAGGUUUCGACCGAGAAAGAGGUUUGAUCAGCUGGUAG